AAUGUCUCCAGUUAGACAACGUCCCAAUGACAAUAACGGAUUCCUUGUCCGUCACAAAAGAGGACAAUCCACUUGUAGAGGAUGCAGAAUUUCAAAUACAGACUACAUACCCGUGCGGCUCUCAAGCUAGUGAGGAGAAACCCAGAUACAUGUGGCUAGAAACCUCCCAGCGACUAACACAGAGCAGAGCACUUUUCAUCCCGAAAUACACAUACAAGGACAUUAAACGCCAAGGGAAAAAGAAAAGUAACUGCUUUUCUACACGAUUAUCCCGACUCGAGAAUACGAUGCGUGAACUAAUGUCGAGUCUCGACAAGACCCAGCUGGAGAAGCUGUGGAAGCUUCGUGAGUUGACGAGUCUUGACGAGGACCAAAUACGAGAACUUCAGAGACUCCAUGAGAGUACGCAGACCAAUGAUGAUACUCUUAUCCCACACAUCUUCCAACAAAUUGUGCGACUUGGCCGGCACGCACAGCGAGGAAUCAAUUCCCCCCACCGACAGCCAAGGGGGACAGACGGCAAUGAUGCUCCUGCAUCAGUUCCGAAAUCAUUAUCGGCAGAUAACUCUAUCUCUGCUGACUAUUCAUUUCUGUACAUGACGUUGAUUCAACAAUGCUUGUAUCAAAAUACUUAA